AUGGCUGCUUGGGAUAUAUUUGGCUGGUUCAGAGACGUCUUAGCUUCUCUAGGUUUAUGGAACAAACAUGGUAAAUUACUGUUCCUUGGUCUAGAUAAUGCUGGUAAGACUACUUUACUACAUAUGUUGAAAAACGAUAGAUUAGCCACUUUACAACCAACAUGGCAUCCAACUUCCGAGGAAUUAGCCAUCGGUAAUAUCAAAUUCACAACUUUUGAUCUUGGUGGUCAUAUUCAAGCUCGUCGUCUAUGGAAGGAUUAUUUCCCGGAAGUUAAUGGUAUUGUCUUCUUAGUCGAUGCAGCUGAUCCAGCAAGAUUUGAAGAAGCUCGUGUAGAACUUGAUGCUUUAUUCAGUAUUGCUGAAUUAAAAGAAGUUCCAUUCGUCAUUUUAGGUAACAAGAUUGAUUCACCACAAGCUGUCGAUGAAGCUGAAUUACGUAAUGCUCUAAACUUACAACAUAUUACUGGUGGUAUGGGAGUUGAUGGUGGAAGACCUGUCGAACUAUUCAUGUGUUCCGUUGUUAUGAGAAAUGGUUACGCGGAAGGUUUCCAAUGGUUAUCUCAAUACAUUUAA